UCUAUUUCCAUCGCUACACCUGACCGUACAAGAGUUACCUCCCCUCCCCUCCAAGCCUGACACUGUUGUUAUCGCACGCUCGUGGGUUAACUGAGAGCCGCGAGUUAGCUGCUAAUGGUAGAUUUCGACCGGGUAGGCCUACUUCUCGGAAGUCCAGCGUUGAGUCGAUGACAUCUCUCUGUAUGAUAUACUUGUGAACGACUUUUUAAAGAAGUAUCAAGUUGGAUAAGUAGUUUAAAGGAAUCGGGGACCACAAUUCACAAUGUCGUGGAAUAUGGUGUUUACAGUACUUCUGAUAUGGAUAUAUUCCUUGCUGCCUGAUCGGGUCGUCAAUGCCGCGAUUUAUACAGUUCACUGGAACCACACCAAUCCAAUGUUCAUAGUCAGUAGUAGAAACAACGAAAUUGACAUCAAGUUGAGCGACAGUAUAGACAUCAUAUGCCCUACAUAUCCGCCAGGCACACCCACAUCAAAGAUGGAAUUUUAUGUAAUAUAUAUGGUGGGAAAACAGGAGUAUGAUUCGUGUAUAAUCAACAACACAACCAAGGCAAAACUGCUCAUCAAGUGUUCACGUCCGAUGGCCAAUCCCCCUUUGCUCUACACCCUCCUUAUUAAACAGUUCCAGUCCAUUCCUGGCAAUCCCGACUUCCAGCCAGGGAAGAAGUACUAUUUCAUAACAACAUCAGGAGGUGAAUACCAUGAACUGAACAAUCAGUAUGAAGGGGCCUGCCUGACAAAGAACAUGAGACUAAUUCUCAAUGUGUGCUGUAACGGUACACAGACAGCCAAACCCACACCUGACAAUCAGACUCCCCGACCAGUGGAGACGACCCCACGAUCCAUGGUGACCACACGGAGACCAACGACAACUAGAACAACUACACCAACAACAACUACUACUACUACACUUAGGACAACACCCAGAACAAAAAAACCAACAAAUACAGACAGCAUUCCAGGAAAUGGAAACCUUCCAGAUGAAAAUGUAAUUCAUGCAAAUGGACCUAAAAAUGUAGGCCUCAUAAGUGCCGAUGCUAGCCAUAGGACUAUUGUAAAUGUGGGAGUUCUCCUCAUGUCUGUGACAAUUGCUCUGCUGCUGCGGUAGUCUUUCGCCGUGUCAGUGAAUAAUGACUGAUAUCCUGUGUGCAUCAUUGUUGUGAUCUCGAUACUCACAGAAGUACCAAUAUGGAGCAAAGAGUUAUACGCCCUUGGAUGAGAGUUACCUCCCUUUCAAGGUUGAGUUAUCUCCCCAAAUGAAGAAGGUGACAGUUCAACUCCUGAAUGGAAUGUAAUUCCGGUUGAUUUUCGAGCAUCCAAGUUGUUGAGAGGUGUACAAGAGGACCGCCUUUGCCAUUUCUCACUGCUCAAUACUGGUUGAGAUGGUCGAUUGUGAACACCAGUUUUUCAACAGUUCCUGCUCAGAAAUACUAACCAAUCAACGAUGAUGGAGGGAAUCAGAAGAGGGAUACACCCGUUAACCCUAUCCAUGUUGAUGCAGGUCUGGAACUUCAAGGGUUAAUCCAUGAACCCUGAACCCUGCUGAAACCCAAUAUCCAGAAGUCACAACACUGACCUGACAUCAGCAUGAAAAGGGUUAACACCAAAAAAAGCCAGUCCGCAUUCUCACAAGGACUUGGAAGGAGAACUUUCUGCAAUUUCAAGAAAUCUGUGGAAAAUAUUUGACCUAAGAUCUCUGACCUUCUGACUCUUCCAUAAGAAAAUCUUUCCUUGUGCCAGGUGCAAAGCUUGCCAAUGAUAUUGACUUGAAUGAACUUGUGAUUUCAUUUUGUACAUAGAUUUUUUGACCAAUCAAUGUGCUUUAUAUAUUUGUCAAAUAACCUAUGAAAUUGCUUCUUGUAUCUGUGAUUUGAUCCAGUUGUGUGGUUGAUUGUGCACACGCACCUGGAGUGUACGUUUGCACAUUGCCGUGACAACACACGACAACCAUCAUCCAAGUUGGAAUUCACAAGGAACUGUGCUAAGACUACACGUUUUAGUCCCAGCUGUGAGUAAUGGAUGAUUCACCUUAUAAUACUAAAAUACUGUACAAUAUGUGAAAUAUUAUGAAAUAUAUUCAAAAUACGACCAAGGAAAAGCAACCACUGUCAUCUUAAUAGUUUAGCUGGUCAUUCUGGUAGGAACCAUCACCGCCAUCAGAAACAUAUCUCCAAACUACUUCUUAAUAUUAGCCACUUAUCACUGGUUGUAUUUCUCUUGGUGAACUAAUGUAUGUGUAUUACAAAAAACUGUUAAUGCAUUCCUAAGCGUACCAUAUUUGUGUUUUGUACAGAAUCCGAUGGUCUGAAACUUAUGCUAUUUAACCAACAAACCUAGUGCUUCAAGCUGUUUGAGUUUUCAAGUUUUGUUCCUAUGUAUUUCCAGAUACCAUUAUCCUGCUUGGCGCUGUAGAAUCAUAAUUUAUUGUUUAUUUAUUCAUGUUUUGAAAUACACAUCUUUCAUUUCACAAAAGAAUUCAUGCUAAUACAGGAGUAGAGAAUAGUGAAAUAUGUUCAGGAAAACGAUAAGGUUUUUGGGAAUAAAUUUUGUAGAUGAAUUUUAGAUCCUUUUUUAGUUUCUGCAAUUUUUGAGUAACUGCAAACAAUAAACUGUGUCCCCCUCCUCAUGCAGUUAUUAUGGGUGCUACCCUUAGAGGCAAUAUCUUAGAUGCCUUGGAAUGGAUGCAAAAUAUGCUCAAAUAUGAAAACUAUUAAUUCUGAUUUAGUAGCUAGUGUACAGUUGCCAUGCCAACCAGCAAGCAGUGUACAUGUACAUAGGAUCCGUAUCAUAAUGGUAUUAUCUUUGAAAUCUAGCUCUUAACAUUUUGUUCUGAAAUUUAUUUGAAUUGCAAUUUUAUGAAAAGGUCUUGAUUUGACUGUUUUCUUGGAUUUCGGCUAUAUUUGAGUACCCCAUUCUUAGGAGGACUGACAUGGUAGUGAUCGAUACACUGUUGUGUUGUAUAUGUGUGUAUUGUGUUGUCAACUAACACCUUUAGUUUUAGCUUUGUAAAUUAUUCUCGUGACUAUCAGUGAAAAAGUCCUUCACUCUAAAUAUGGUAUUUAAGCAGAUUUUGAAUGUUGGAUGAAUGAAUGCUCUUAUUUGCCUGUUUUGACAUUACUUUUGCUCGAGUUACAAAAAUAUCAUAAUUUGAAUUUCGUGAUUGAAACACAACGUAUGGAGUAUUAUUAACUGUCAUAAACAAAUGUUGUGAAUGAGGUUGGUGAAAUACUGCGAACAUGUCUAGUAAUUUGAAAGUACAUGAUUUGCGCUAUUUUGCCGUACGAAUUGUGACAACCGUGGACUGGCUGAGAUUGCUAUGGAUUAUUAAUAUGAGCUGCUUGAAUGAUUAAAGGUGAAAUGUGUGUAUGAAAGAUAUUGUUGUUUUUACAACACCUGAUCAUGUAAAUUAUGUUAUCUGUUAUGUGUAUAUUUUGUAUAUAGUGUUUGUUACAGAGGUAUUGUAGAUAUCAUGAUGUUCGUUUAACUGUCCUCAUUACGCACAGAAUGUGCAGUGAGGUUCAAACGAUAUGAAAUUGACAUGAAGUCUCGUCCUUGUUGUACAGAUUUGUUUCUGUAAAAGUUAUAUUUUUAUUGAAGUCACUUGAUUUAAAAACACACUAAAGUAACCAAUUUGGACGUACGAAAUAAAAAAUCGCAAAAUUGUAAAGAAUAAUCCUGUGUGAGAAUUAACACGUUGAUGACAUAUCAAACUAGAGUAUGUGGAUGUACACAUGAAAUGAGAUCAUAUCAUUAAGGAAACAGCAUUAUGCAUAUUUAAUUGACAUGGAUGUAAGUUUUGUUCGACUCACAUCGAUAGACGAGUAUCAGGCAUUGUAGACCUUGCUGAAUAAUUUGACUAUGAUAUGAUUACUCAUAAUCGUCCCAUUUUGUUUGCUUGUUACAUCUGACUGCUUUAUUUUAUUAUGUAGCUUUAACUGUCAGUACGUGACUUCACUUGUGUUGCUGAUGUUACCCUUCAAAUUUACCAUUGUAUACUUUCAUGGAGUUGAAAUAACAUGACGCUUGAAAUCCAGAUAUGUAAAUAUGCUGAUGAGAAGAAAUAAGGGAACGUAUUAAAAUAUAACGUGAGUAUUAUUAUUCAUAUCAUCAAACCCAAAAUAAUAUAAUAGCUGAUAUGUUUUAGCAACAUUGUUUAAUCAUACUUUGUUCUGAAGGGUAAAACAUGCUUGAUACAUGUUGCCUUAUUUGUUUCCAAAAGCAUAUUGAUGAGUGUGUGUUUUUUAAAUUAUUUCUUAAUUCAUCAACAACAUUGUGAAAUGUCAUUCUUGUUAUUUCUGCUCCAUCUGGAAACAUUAGACAAUGCUCUGCGUUGAAACAGAAGAGAUCCCUUAGUAACCACAAGCGGUAUAUGUAGUAGCAAAGACUGAGUGCAAUAUUUCUGUCACUGGUUUCCUCUGUGUUGUACACAAGGGACUGCUGGUGAUCAUGUGACAACAUCAUGUGACUAGUGAUCAUGUGACAACACCAUGUGAUGCUUGGCAGGCUCAGUUAGAUCUGAACAACACAGUAUGUCAAGAUGUUUCAAUAAAAUAAUUUUUGUAAAAUAUGUAAGUGUACAUUUCUACACUUUCAAUAAAAUGUAUAUACAAAUGUAAA